AUGAAAAUGUCGCUUGGACGCUUUACCAUUUCGGCCUUGCUUGGCUCUGCCUCUGCCGGCACCCUCUUAUCCAGCAGUCCAGCCAGUAGUCAAGCUCAUAUUCACACUGCAAUCUGUACUACCAUUCUGGGAACUACCUCAGAGAGCACAGUACCUACAACAACCAUCACUCGUCGCAUCCACGACCCAACUCCCAUUGUGGUCUUCUCUACCGUUCAGGACACCGUCACCGUGACUCCCUCGGUCUCAACCCUGACAGAGACGGAUUAUGAGACCAGCACAAUCACUUUCACUGAUACCACGGCCACCGAUGUAUUUUCAACAACAUCGACCGAGUUUGAUACUGCUACUUUGACUGUCACCCCUGAUGACAUCACCUCAACCGUCUUUUCGACCAUCUCAGUCACUUUGACCAGCACCUCCACAGUUGCCACUUCGGAUGGCUUCACUCCUAUCGCGGACACGCUUGCCACUGCUUCUGCCUAUCGUAAACGAGAGGUACCUCUGGUGAAUGAUUGCGCCCCUUGGAUUGAUGACUAUGAGUAUCCCCAAGAAGUUGUCUGUCGCGAGAAGGUUAUCCUCAAGACCACCACAACCUCAAUCGUGACCGAGACCCCUCUCACCACCACUGCAGUUGCACCUUCCACCACUGUCACAGCGACUAGCACCAUUAUCAGCAGCUCAGUGGUUAUUCCCUCCGACGUUUCUACUACACUGAGCUACAGUAUCACCUCCACCAUCACCGAAACCUCAACAGCGCCUGCUGUUACGGAUACCGUGACUGCCACCACCACCGUGACAGCCGUGACUACUACAUCUUCCUUUGCAGCCUGCGCUACCAACAACAUCGCCGGUGCUCCCCUGUCCUCGGACUUUGGCGAUCUCGAAGGCGAAUAUAUCUACAGUCUUGAUAUGGGGGCAAUUACUGAUUACACAUUGUCUACUGCUCGAAUUGACACCCCCUACGAUUGCUGUGUGAAUUGUCAAGAAAGUUCGACUUGCGUCUACAGCUAUUUCAGCGUGUACGGGUAUUGCACCUUGGUUGAGUCAACGACUUGCUCGGUUUCCUCUGAGAUUGGCUAUGCUUACCUGGCCACCACAGCCGACAGCGGUGUUUUCCAGGCGUCCAACGGAAACUGUGGCCAAGUGCGCGAGGGAGCUUAUUGA